CGGAGGACCAUGGCUUCCGUGGUUGCUGUUUGCCGUGGUGUGGGGAGGAAAAAGUUGACGCACUUCGUAGCGGCGGCUGCCAGCCUUCCAAAUCCAGGAACUCGAGCGGUGCUCUGGAGAAGUUGUUCUCAGUAUAAACAGGUAACCAGCAAUGAGGACCUGCCUGUUCCAAUGGAAAAUCCUUAUAAGGAGCCUCUUAAAAAAUGUAUCUUGUGUGGAAAACGUGUAGACUAUAAGAAUGUGCAGGUCUUUGUGGGAAAAAACAAAAAGAAAUCACAAAAGCAAUUAAGAGAGCUCAAAUAAUGGGUAAGAGCACCUGAAAAAAUGACUUGGGCUUAUCCAAAUUUUGCUUGUUAUCUUUUGUGAAGAACUUUAAUUGUCUCUUUACAGGGUUUAUGCCAGUUACAUACAAGGAUCCUGCAUAUCUCAAAGACCCUAAAGUUUGUAACAUCAAGUAUCGGGAGUAAAUUAUAUAAAGUUUGCAUCAAUAAACUUAUUUUAAAAUAAAUGGUUGUUGACUCAAACUAUAAGAUUUAAUAACCUUGAGAAAAUUAGUAGACUAAAAUAAAUCUUAUCAAACUAAAAAUUAUUGUUUAACUCUUAAAAAUAUGAAAUUUUAUGAAAAAGUGUUGCAGGACUGCAGUAAGGCAUACCUAUUCAUACCAGUGAAUGCUCAUUAAAUAAAACCAGAGCAUUUGAAAUGUUAAUACUCAUUACAU